UCGACGCUUUUUAUGUAAGUACGUUGUGAUGCUUUUGCGUAGUUACGCUGUCAAAAAAUUUACGUCUUUGUUUGAUGAGCUUAUAUAUCUGUCACCUAUACGGAGUGUAAUAACGUGAAAUCAUAAUGUCUACAACUGGAGUAUCUACACGUUCUUCUCGUCUGAAUUCUCGUGAACCAUCUUCAAAAGCUGCAUCUAGAAAACUCAGAUCUAAAAAAAUCAUUACUACCAAUAAAAGUUCACAAAAGAUUAAUAUUAGUGCAAAAGAUAAAAGUUUACAUGUAUCAAAAACAAAUAUAUCUGCAAAUAACAGUCUGCCAUUAUCAAGACGCUUGCGUUCCCGUCGGAAUAAAAAAAAUUACUGUGAAGAUUCAAAAUUGCUGCAGCAAUAUAUUCCAUUAAAGCAGCGAGACAGUUCGGUAAUAAUAGAAAAGUUAAAUUUGAAAGACAAUAAAAAAGUACCUGUAUACAAAGCCAUGAAGUCUUUUGAGAAAUCUGUAGAAAAUAAGAAUGAUGUAUAUGAUUUUAUGUUUGAUAUUAAUGAUACAAGAGAGAAAACUACUAAGAAAAAACAGAAGAAAAAAAUUAACAAAAAGAAAGACAAGACAACUAAGAAGACUACACGUAAAAAGGUUACUAUACAAUCGAAAAUAAUUAACAAUCAAGAAAAUAAAUCUUUUGAACUUAGUACGAAUCCUAUGAAGCCUACGCAAAAUAAUCCUUCAGAUUCUGCAAUAGGAUUAAUAGUUACAGAAUCGACAAAGGAAGAUAAAAAAACUGAGGUACCAAGAACAGAUACAAAUAUUCAGAUAGUAGAAGAAUCAGUAAAGGAAGAUACUAUGAGUAAAAUUGCAUCAUCAAACAUAAAUACAGAUAUUCAAGGGGGAAGAGAAUCAAUGGAGGAAAAUAUAGAAAAGAAGAUACCAAAAAUUAUAUCUGUCGAAAAUGCAGAUAAUAUUACAGUCAUUAAAUCAUCACCCAAUAUUGAGCCCUUUCGGCCAAAAAAUAUAUUUGAUAAUAAAACCUCGAUAAAGCAACAAAAUAACACGUUGAAUUGUUCAUUAUUGACUAAAUCUCUGUCUCCUAUCUUGAAGACAAGUACCUUGGAUCUGGGAAGUCCUUGGCGACCUCCGACAUUACCAAUGUUUUCUCGAUCUAAACAUUUUAUUCAAAGUACGCCAAAGUUAAGAUUGGAAAAUAAUAAGGAAAAUAUGGAAAUGAAUAAAGAAAAUAUAGAAAUAAAUAAAGAAAAUAUUAAAAAUAAAGAAAAUAUUGAAGAAGAUAAAGAAAAUAUGGAGAUGAAUAAAAAAAAUAAAUGUGGAAGAGAAAAAGAAAAGAAAAAGAAAACGACUUUCCACAAAAAACACAAUAUAAUUCGAAAGAAUCUUCCAACUAAUCAAACUUCAGAAAAUGUUCAGGCGAUAAAUACAAACAAACAUGUUGUACAAGCACCUGCAGUACCUGCUAGAAUUUCGCUGGGAGAAAUAAAGAACUUAUUGCAAACAAAACCGGAUAUUAAUGACAACAAACAAGCAUCAAAUCAAGAGCAUGUUGAAGUUGACAAAUCACUUACAGAGAAGCAAGAAGAUAAAAAUGUUGUAAAUUUUCUCAAUUUUUCUGACACAUUUGAUGUCUUGUCUGAAACAGAGAGACUAUCAAAUUUUGGAACUGAAAUUCCUUUAUUCAUGGAUUUAGAGCCCUCGCAUUUUUCGAAGCCACCUCAGCAUUCAUACAAAAGAAAACGAGCCGUAAAUUUCGACCUUUCAGAAGAUAGUGGUGAAGAAGAAAAAGAGGAGAAAAAAAACGUGAAACAUCAUAUAAAGAAAAAAAAAUCUACAAAGUCCGCAAAAGAAAAUGAGAAACGAAUAAAUGAAUGGAUAAAAACUAUUAAUAGUACGUUCGAAGAAAUCGAUGAAUAUAACUUAUUCAUUGAGUAAUACAGAAGACACAUCAUUAAAAUGCAUAUUUAAAAAUUUAGGAAUACCUAAAAGUUCAAAACAUAAAUAAUAAACUAUAAAUCAACAAACACGUUUCUCACGCUUCCUAUCUAAUUUUUCCUAACUAAUUUUUCAAAAAAGUUAUGGUGUAAACAAGUAUUAUUCUUUUUCCAAG